AUGUCACAGAGGGGGGCCAGAGGGGCACGGGCCAUGCCAGGACUGGGGCAGAGCCCGGCCAAGGCCACGCCGAGGUUGUUAGCAGGCACUGAGAGCAAGAGGAGCCGCUUGAGCAGGAGAGGGCAGGACCUGUGGGAAGAGUCCAGCUGGAGCAACCAAAGAUGGAGCCGAACAGCCCCAAACCCUCGAGGAGCCAGGGCCAGGAGCCUGGCUCGGGGUCGGAGUGAGGCCAGUCCUGAGAACGCUGCGCGGGAGCGGAGCCGGGUGAGGACCCUGCGCCAGGCCUUCCUGGCCCUGCAGGCCACCCUGCCGGCUGUGCCGCCUGACACCAAGUUGUCCAAGUUGGAUGUGCUGGUGCUGGCCACCAGCUACAUAGCCCACCUCACCCGCACGCUUGGACAAGAGAUGCCCGGCCCCCCCUGGCCGCCUUUCCUGCGUGGACUCCGCUACUUGCACCCUCUCAAGAAGUGGCCGAUGCGAUCUCGUCUCUACGCUGGAGGCCUGGGGUGCGCUGGUCUUGACUCCACCACAGCCUCCAACUCAGGCCAAAGAACAAAGGAGGCAGAGGCGGGGGCCCAGGUCUCUGGAGAGGCAGAUGCCUUUCUUCCCACCAGGCCACUGUCACCAGCACCCAGUGACAAGUGA